CCACAGUUCUGCUUUUCAUGUCUUUACUCUUUUUGUUUCUCUUCUUACUUCAGCAACGACACAAGCAAUCUGUUGGUGUUUCUGGGAAGCCAGACAUUAUUAUCAUUGAGCCCCUACAGGGUGUUUCGGACGGUAACGCAGAUCAUCAGUCACCCCGACUUCAACCCUGCUACGCUGGACAACGACAUCGCCCUGGUGCGGCUGUCGUCUCCAGUGAAUUUCACCACCCACGUCCUGCCCGUCUGCCUGGCAGCCUCAGGCAGCACCUUCUACAACGGCACCGAUGCCUGGGUCACUGGCUGGGGAAACACAGCAAUUGGAGUGCCCCCUCCUGUCCCAUACAACCUCAGGGAGGUUGAUGUGCCGGUUGUGGGGAACAGACAGUGUAACUGUGACUACGGAGUGGGUACAAUCACAGACAACAUGAUGUGUGCUGGGUCACCUGCUGGAGGGAAGGGCACCUGUCAGGUGAUCACUGUAACAUUUUAUCUAGUCUAUCUAUACCUGUGUACAUCGGAUCCUUUCGGGGUUUACCUCCUGGACACUCUUCUAAUUGAUUCUCUCCUUGAAGGGCGACGGAGGAGGUCCGCUAGUGAGCAAGCAGGGCGGUCGCUGGAUCCAGGGGGGCAUUGUGAGUUUUGGAAUUGCUUGUGUCGUGCCUCAUUUACCAGGAGUCUACACUCUGUGGUCUGUGGACAAGCCCCGAUGAAUUCUGGUUUGAUGGGAGGAGGCUCGGUUGCGACAGCUGGUGUGUGGCCAUGGAUAGUGAGCAUACAGAAGAAUGGAAGUCAUGUAUGUGGUGGGACUCUGGUGGCCGUGGAGCAUGUGCUGAGCAACGCCGACUGCUUCUCAAGUUCUCCCAAAUCGGCUGAAUGGGCCGUGGUCUUGGGUCGGUUGAAACAGAAUGGCUCCAACCCUUCUGAGGUGACACUGAAAGUGACAAACAUCACUCUGAGCAAUCUGAAUACGUCUAACGUGGCAGUGCUGCAAAUGGCAUCGCUACCCACCCUGUCCAACCUCAUCCAGCCCAUCUGCCUGGGCAAUGGACGAACCUUCAGUGUGGGCUCCACCUGCUGGGCUGCCGGCUGGAGCGCCAGACAAGGAGGGGUGGAACAGGUUCUGCAGGAGUUCCAGACUUCGGUGGUUAACUGUGGGCCCACAGCAGCGACUGACAGCAUUUGUAUGACAGCGUUUACACUGGAGCAGGGGGACUCUGGUGGUCCAGUGAUGUGUCAGCAGGAUGGUUCUUGGUUCCAGGCAGCAGUGUUAACAGUCCAGAACACCUCCACCACCACCACCACAGGACGAGCAGGUGACACGCUGGUCUUCACCCAAGUGAGGAGUUAUAACAACUUUCUGAAGCAGAUACUGGGGACGUUUUUGUCUCCAGCCUCCACCAACAGCAGCACCAGCCCCCUGAACGCCACUGUGACCACCACCCCAAACACCACCAUGACCACCAACGUGACCACCAACGGGGGUGCUCCUGCUCACUACCACUUCUUCUUCCAUCUCGUCUUCUCCCUGUGUCUCCAUUUCUUCUUGUAGAAACCUCCAACUACACCUGUAACCAGUGAUUUACAUGAUGUGACAGGCACAAAUGAAUGUAAACAACCAUGACUAUUAAAGCUGCACUAAUCAUCCAGACACGACAGUGGGCAGAGUAGUGGCUCCUACAAACAGAGAUGAAACAGGUUCUAAUCACUGGAAAAACAAAACAUCUUGAACAGAGAUGAACUACAAUUCCCAGAGAGCAGUGCAGUCAGAAAACCAUCCAAUCAGAGAGCUUCAGCUUCUCUUGCUGUGCAGCUGGUAGGAGGUUGGUUUUUGAUCCAGUCUGGAAAAAUUCAGCAGCUGUUACAAUUUCUUAUGAUGAUAAGAAAAACAGCGC